UGGUCCCUCCCACCAGCACCUGCCCCAGCUAUAAGGCCUCCAGAGAGGAGGGGCCCCCACUGCUCCCGGAGACACCCCAAGAUGAAGCCAGGUCUGCUGCUCCUCGUCGCACUGGCGGCAGCCGCGGGGCCAGCCCUUGCUCUCCGCUGUCACGUGUGCUCCAGCUCCACCAACUGCGAGAAAGCUCAGGACUGUGCGGCCAGCGCACGCUACUGCAGGACCAUAACCAAGCUGGAGCCCCUGCUGGGGAACCUGGUGGAGAAGGACUGCGUGGAAUCGUGCACGCCCACGCACAACCUUCAGGGCCAGGUCAGCAGUGGCGCGACGGCCACCCGGUGCUGUCAGGGCGACCUGUGCAACAAGAGCCUGCAGAGCAGCGCCCCCGCCCGCAGCCGGCUCAGCGGCCCCGCCCCCGGCCUGGCGCUGGCCCUCAGCCUCCUCCUCGCCGCCCUCCUCUCGGCCCCCCGCCUGUGACCUGCCCAUCCCCUUCCCCCCGGGACUUCCAGGCCCCCGUUGCUUCCUCUCCCGGACUGGGAGAUUCCGCAGCCCCUCCCUCGCCACGACGGGGGAGGUUCCCGCGUCCUGGGCUGGGGGCCCCCUCGGAGGGUCUGGGGCUGCAGCCAGCGAGCUGAUGGCCUGGAGCCCCGCCCCCCAGACGAGAGGAUGCACGUGUCCCUUCUGACUUUACAUUCAUUCUGUUGGGUUUCCAUUUAUUUUUCUACUUGAACCUCUGCACAGGAAUAAAUGAUGGAAAACCA